ACGUGCAUAAGAGCGUGAUGGAGGAGCUGAAAAGGAUCAUCGACGACAGCGAAAUCACAAAAGAAGAUGAUGCUCUGUGGCCGCCUCCAGACAGAGUUGGUCGGCAGGAGCUUGAAAUAGUAAUUGGUGAUGAGCACAUCUCCUUUACCACAUCAAAAAUCGGUUCACUCAUUGAUGUAAAUCAAUCCAAGGAUCCAGAAGGCCUGAGAGUGUUCUACUACCUGGUCCAGGACCUUAAGUGUCUAGUCUUCAGUCUUAUUGGACUACAUUUCAAGAUCAAGCCAAUUUAAAUCAAACAGACUGAAGUUUGUACUGCAGUGUCUCUGCUGGGGGUGGGGCAGGGAGGAGUGCUAUUUUAAUUCCUCACUGUUUCUGACCUGAAGUUUUUAUGUAUGUUAGAUAUUUUUUUUUACAAACUGUCAGUGACUGUCUUAAUAAAAUGGUGAGAGCUGUAUUUUUAAUUU